AUGACUAUCCUUUCAAUAUUUUCCCCGGUGGUCCUUGGACUCCUAUGUGUCAAUGCCGUCAAUGCAGGCCCUUUGGGGAUCCGGGCAGUGAUUCCACACACUGCUGUUGUGGGAUUUCCAGAGAGUGUUCCCACUGGUAUUGUUGGUCAGGUAUAUGAGGCAUAUAAGCCAUACCUCGACGUCACCAGCGGUUGCGUUCCGUAUCCCGCAGUGGAUGCUGAGGGUAACACAAGUGGUGGCCUUAAGAAUGCUGGCGCCGAAAAUGGUGAUUGCACGAAUAGUACUGGCCAGGUCUACGUCCGUGGCGGCCAACAUGGCAACUACUACGGCGUUAUGUAUGCUUGGUACAUGCCCAAGGAUGGAGGUGCUCACCGCCACGACUGGGAAGGCGUGAUUGUCUGGCUGAACAGCGGAACCAGCACCAGCGCGUCGAAUAUCGUCCAGGUGUGCCCAUCUGCCCAUGGAGAUUGGCUCUGCUCAACCGGAUACACCCUCUCUGGCACCAGUCCUUUGAUUAAGUACUACAAGAAUGGUCUCAGUCACUCUUGUGGACUCACAAAUGUCAUUGGGGUUCAGCAGCCAAUGGUUUCUUGGGAAACGUUGCCCGCUGCUGCCCAAAAUGCCCUGGAGACUACUGAUUUCGGAUCUGGAGUGGUUCCAUUCAACAAUGCCAAAUUUGAUAAUAACCUUGGCAAGGCUACCUUUUAG